AUGUCGUCGGAAUUUAUAAAGAUUUUCAGUUCAAUCUUCAUUAGAAUAUCUACGGCUAAUAUUAAGAUGUCAGUGCUAGGAGAAAAGAGCAAAAUAGACACUUGUAAGAUGUCUGUGCUAGGAGAAAAGAGCAAGAUAGACACUUGGUACCAUAGGUUGUGUCAGCGUGUCCUCAAAGCAGGUCCUGUACCCAGACAUGUAGCAUUUAUUAUGGAUGGCAAUAGAAGGUUUGCCAAGAAGCAACAUAUAGAAAGAGCAGAGGGACAUGUUAAAGGAUUUGAUAAACUUGCUGAGACGCUAGAUUGGUGUUUAAGGUUAGGAAUCACUGAGGUUACUGUUUAUGCCUUCAGCAUUGAAAACUUCAAACGUUCCAAAGAAGAAGUAGAAGGUUUAAUGGAAUUGGCCAAACAAAAGUUUACCAGACUUUUACAAGAAAGGGAGUUGAUAGAAAAACAUGAUGUUUGUGUCAGAGUGAUAGGAGAUAUCACCAUGCUGCCUUCAGAUGUACAAGAGGUCGUGGCUGAGGCUGUCUACAUAUCUAGAAACAAUAAAAAAGCUAUCCUCAAUGUCUGUCUCGCCUAUACAUCUAGAGAUGAGAUCUGUAAUGCAAUGAGGGAAUGUGCAGAAGGAGUAGAGCUAGGGAUCAUAAAAGAUAGUGAUAUAACAGAGAGAGUGCUUGAGAACUGCUUCUACACCAAUAAAUCCAGAAAGUUAGAUAUGUUAGUCAGAACCUCUGGAGAGGUACGGCUCAGUGACUUCAUGUUAUGGCAGAGUUCCUAUUCUGUGUUGUCAUUUGUGGAGGUGUUAUGGCCUGAGUUUAGUGUAUGGCACAUGUAUGCAGGAGUUCUACAUUACCAGAAACAUCAUAAAGGAAUUGCGGAUGCUUAUACAGAUUAUCAACUAGACCAAGAAAGAUUACAAAGGGAAUCUGACUUAGAAUGUCUCAUGCAAGAACUUAACCUAACAGGGGGCCACACAACAUCUAAACCCCCAGUAACCAAUCUUGAAGAACAAUUGCUACAAUAUAAGGCAGAUAGAGAGAAACGUUUGGAAAACUUUAAACAACAUGUUAUUUCAAAACGUGAAAACUUUAUAGAGAAUAUAGCGUGCAGUAAAAAACAUCAGAUUUUAGGGACUUCUGCUAGCACCGGGAUUGUGAAUGUAUAGAGUAAAAAAUAAUUAAUAUUAAUUUAUAGAUACAUGUUAGUGAUCUCCCAAGCAUUAAAGCAAGUGGGCACAGCAUUCACCUG